AUGAUUUUUGAUAUUUCAAACUUAUCAUGGCCAAGCAUUGUUAUCACUGGGGUAAUUACUUGGUUUAUUUAUCUCCAAUUUAUUCGCAGAUUCCUAACACCGUUACGUAAGCUGCCUGGACCUGAAACUUGGUCUUUAACUGGAAAUCUAGGUGAAAUUAUACGGGAACCACCAGUCGAUCCUUACAUAAAAUGGGCUAACAAGUAUGGUGGAAUCUUACGAUAUAGCAGAUUAUUUGGCAAAUAUCGAGUCGCCGCAAUAGAUCCUGAUGCCAUCAAACAUAUCCUUGUUACGCACAGCUCGAGAUAUAGUAAACCUAAGGGAUUUAUAACCACUUUAAGGCCACUACUAGGCAAUGGAUUAUUUACAGCUGGUGAUAAGGAUCAUUCUCAACAGAGAAAAUUAAUUAAUCCGGCCUUUAAAUAUGCUAAAUUAAAGGGUAUGGUCUCAGUAUUUGAAAGUUACACCAAAGAGUUUAUACAAUUUUGGCAGUAUAAGCUAGAAGAAACUAAAAAUAGUCAAACAUAUACUGAAGUUCAGGCACAGGAUGAUCUUACUCGUUUAACCUUAGACAUUAUUUGUCGGUGCGCUUUUGGAUACGAAUGCAAUGCAGUAUUGAAUCCAGACGAUGAAAUAACUAAAUCUUUACAAUCAAUGUUUUCUGGUAGUGAUCUUUCAUGGAAGGAUUUACUUCCGCUUUACUCCUACUUACCGACGAAGGCAAAAAAGCGACGCCAGCAAGCUCUGACCACUAUUAAAAAUAAAGUGAACGAAGUUAUAGAUAUAAAAAUGUCACAGAAUACAAACGCAGACUCUGACAGUUCCUUGUUGGAUAUUCUUCUAUCAUUAAGAGAUCAGAAAACUGGUCAAGGUCUGACAAAGGAAGGAUUAUACGAUCAGGUCGUUACCUUCAUGUUCGCUGGUCACGAGACCACAAGCGUUUGCCUGUCGUGGACACUGUAUGUAUUAGCCCAACAUCAGGAAAUACAAAGUAAGGUCCGAGAUGAAGCUCGUAAAGUUUUGAAAGAGCAUAAUUAUCAGCUAACAUGGGAUACAUUGGAUGAAUUUGUUUAUUUAAAUAAAGUCCUUAAAGAAUCCUUAAGACUGUACUCUCCAGCGCCCUUGUCUGCGCGUGAAUGUGUUCAAGAUGACGAAAUUAAAGGCUAUGUUAUCCCUAAAGGAACAGUAGUGAUGAUCGUGACACCGCAUAGGUGGGAGAAAUAUUAUGGAGAUCCUCUAGAAUUUAAGCCUGACCGAUGGGAUGCUAUUGAAGCCGAUGAUAAGAACUCAAAUUAUACUUAUAUACCAUUCUUUAUUGGUCCUCGAAAUUGCAUCGGUAGUAAAUUUGCGUUAUCCGAAAUGAAGUGUGUUCUAGCAUUGCUACUAGAUAGCUUUGUUUUCGAUGUUGUUCCUAACAUAGAAGUUAAGCGCAGAUUAAGGAUUACCAUGAAACCUAAUCCAAACCUUAAACUAAGAAUUAGCGUUGCAAAGUAA